GAAGGGCAACGGCGGCGAUGGGCGCUGUGGGCUGAUUGGUAAAGAUGGAAAGAGGGAGAGGAGGAGGAGGAAGGAACCUGGGAGGCUCUGGCCUGCACAGGAGCAUUUAUUCCCAGUCCCAGCAGCAGUACCAUUACCCAGCCUCCUCCCAGGGGGGCUGCAUGGAGAUCCAGGAGCUGGCCUCCAAGAGGGUGGACAUCCAGAAGAAGCGCUUUUAUCUGGAUGUGAAACAGAGCUCCCGAGGCCGCUUCCUGAAGGUCGCCGAGGUCUGGAUAGGAAGAGGCAGGCAGGACAACAUCAGGAAAAGCAAGCUGACCCUCUCCUUGUCCGUGGCUGCUGAACUGAAGGACUGCCUGGGGGACUUCAUCGAGCACUAUGCUCACCUCGGCCUGAAAAGCGGCCACGGUCACCGGCACGAGCACAGCAAUGGCAAAGAGCAGCAUCCCCGGAGGCGGCAGCAGCACCCGCCGCCUUCGCCUCCGGUGUCCGUCGGCUCCGAAGAGCACCCUCACAGCGUCCUCAAAACGGAAUACAUUGAGAGGGACAACAGGAAGUAUUACCUGGACCUGAAGGAGAACCAGCGAGGGCGCUUCUUGCGGAUUAGACAAACCAUGAGUAGGGGACCUGGCAUGAUGGGUUAUUUUGGCCACAGCUUGGGACAGGAGCAGACGAUCGUCCUUCCGGCGCAAGGGAUGAUUGAGUUCAGGGAUGCUUUGGUCCAGCUGAUAGAAGAAUAUGGCGAGGGGGACAUAGAGGAUCGCCGGGGGGGAGGCGAUGAGCCUCCGGAGCUCCCCGAGGGCACCUCCUUCCGAGUGGACAACAAGCGCUUCUACUUCGACGUGGGAUCCAACAGGUACGGCAUUUUCCUGAAGGUAAGUGAGGUGAGGCCGCCCUACCGUAACACCAUCACGGUUCCCUACAAAGCGUGGACACGGUUUGGGGAAAAUUUUAUCAAGUACGAAGAAGAGAUGAGGAGAAUUUACAACAGCCAUAAAGAAAAAAGGAUGGACGCCAGAGGGGACAGUGGUGAAGAGCAGGAGGGUCUCGAAUAGAGUGCAUUGGACUGGCUAUCUGGCAAAAUAAACAAAACAAGCAGAAAUUGGUGAGAGGGACUGACCUAGAGUAAUUCCAAGUUGCCCCCUUUUUUGGUUUUUUUUUUUUGGUUUUUUGGUUUUUGUUUUUUUUUUUUUUGAUAAAGUCCUUUUCCGGUAGUUCUUGCUAACCCCAGUCUGUAAUAUUACAGGAGUCUGUUAAAUUACGCCCAAAACAUCUCCGUGUGUCUUAUGAAAGUACCGACCUCCCGAGUCCGUCUGAGUCAGCUGCUUUGAGUGUUGAAGACUAUGGAAGUACAUGUAUCAGCACAAAACAAAAUCUGGCACUCUGACCUUUAAGUAGUCUAGAUAAGGCUUGUGUUGCACUCCAAUACAAAAGCAAACCAAACCCCAAACCUUAUGCUGAAAUGUAUCAGUUUCUGCUUAUGAUGGGUUUUUCCGGGACUGAAUUCUGCCUGUACUUGGUCCAUAGGCUGAGCGGCACAUCCGGAGGGUUUACAACAAAAAUCAACUUCGUGUGAAUUCCUGAUGUGGGUAUGAGGGGAGAGAGAGGUUUUUAAAUUGGCAGCUGCUGGUUAUUGAGUUUGAAAUGAUAGGCUGCAUGAGUAAAACCUCGAUAACCGGUCAGACCUUUAUCACGUGCUGGUGAAGAUUUGUUACUUAUUCUGUAGUUUUGUGCUGAACGAAUAAUCUGAAUAUCCCGGGAUAGCAAAGCUCCACUCGAGCACUAAGCCUUCUGAAUGAAUGGCAAUGAAUAAUAACCCAUGUACGUGUUCUGCCCAUGUGAGGCUGGUGAUUUCUUGUUUUCAUUUUCAAUGCAUUUGUCCAAAAUGUGAAAAGGUAUUUUCGUAGUAGGUGUGUUAUGGGUUCCAGCAGGCAGCUGGGGAUGGAGCGGGUGUUCGGAGAAGGAGGGACCGCCACGACUGAGGCUUUCUCCCAAAUAUGAGAUUAAUGCAGUCGUGAUGUUACCCGGUUUUCUCCUCCUGCAGCAAGAAAGACCUUGGGGAGGUUUGGUGCACCAUUGGGUUCAUAUAAAAAGGCAUGUCUCUCACAUAUACUGUGGCGCGUUUUGGAAGUGGAUGUUUACGCCCAGUCGAGUUUUUUGUCAUGUUGAUUUUACAGGUGGUGGUGGUGUUAGGAGAUGAUAUCUGUGCCCUGCCAUCACCCCCUUCGCACCCGCUCAGAGCUUAUGGAGCAAUUCAAUUCCCAGUAGUCCACCAUCAACCAGGUUUCAGUGUCAUCCUGCUGAAGUCUCUGGAGGGAAAAUGUGUACAAUUCCCUGUUUAGGAGGUUGAUGAAAGCUUUUGAAAACUCCUUAUCGUUGCUUAAAACCUGAAUACUCAACAUAAGGGGCUUUUCCAGCCUUUGGGUGACCAGCUCCUUCCCCUCUGAAACCAGCGGAAAUUUGAUGGAGCUCCGGGUACUUCCAAAAACGUGUUGCCCACCUUUAAGAUUCUUUUCAAGUAGGCAUUAAUGUGUCUAAUCAGAUAUUUAUCAUAAUUUGAAUUCUUUUCUAACAGAGUGGCCUAGUGUUCAUGUGGACCAGCUAUUUUCCCACGCAACCUUGACAUGGUUUUAUUUAUUUUUAUUUAAUCUGUUGAGAACUGUAUUUAUGUCCAACCAGACCAUUGAUCACUUUUAGUCCGGACCCACCUGCACACUGCAUGGCCACACUCAAUCCAAAUGCUAUUACCUGCCAACGUUAUUAACCAUAACGAGAAAAGUUGGGGAGGCAGAGUUGGGAACCAAGAGGAUAAUCUGGACUUUGGUUUGGAAACUAAAACUAGUUGAUCUGUUUUAACUUUAAGGAAAAAAAAAAAAAGAUUAAAAAAAAAAGAAAAAAAAAAUCAAAGCUUGCACCAAAGUCACCAAAGAACCUUUAGGAAAGUGUUACAGUUGUGACAAGAAGUAAGUAAUUUAAUUUCACUGUUUUAGGUGAUUCCCCCUUUAGGUAAAACCACACAUAGCAGAUACAGCAAGCAAGCUUUUGGCUUCGUGUCAAGAAUUCCCAUCCAUUUCAGGUUCUUUUUCAAGUCUGGGAGAGAUGUUCUCACCCCACCACUUCAACUGCUGUCGGAGCGUGAUGGAUCAGCUGGGGGUUGCAGGGGGUGCUGUUUCAUCAUUGCUCUUAGGGCUUUGGUCCCAAUGGUUUUAACAGGUCAAUUACAAACAAAACCAACACUAAAAUAACUCUACAUCCCAUUAUUGGUGCGAAACCAGAAUUUAGUGAAUGAGUCCUUGUUGCACACGUUAGCGUAUCGCUAACUGCUGCUGCCCGUCACAGUGCCUGGAGUUAAAAAUUAACUUAUAUUCCAACAAACCGGAGCUAUGAAUGUACAAACUUUUUACAUCCUCCUUUCCAUUCCUACCUGGCAUUCCUCCCCUACGAGCUUGACAUCUCCCCAUCUCAGCCUACUUUUCCCUCAAGGGAUCAUAAAAGCUCCUACGUUGGAAUUAGAGUGACUGUGUUGUGUCGUAAGUGAUCAUCCCUUCCCUGUGUUCCUUUAGCAUCAGUGAGGAGAAUACUUGGGAUGGGCAAAGUGAUUGGAAAGGGAUAUUUUCUUCACCAUUUUAAAAGAAAAAAGAUGUGAAAUGGCUUUCCUUAUCUGCCCAUUUUUUUAAAAAACCCUUUAUCUUUUGUUAAUGGAUUGGCCUUCCAAUAGCAUUAGUUAGAUAUCACCCAGGAAUUCGACGUCUGCUGGCUACUGGGUCAGGCUCGGUUUUGGCACACAGGUAUCCCAUAGGAUCCACUACUAAAUUGACUCUCCUGGCAUGGGAUGCACCUUAGUAUCCAAAACUGGAUCAGGAUCUUCAUGUUCAUAGCCAAUCCCCCGUGGGUAAACCACUAGCCAUGGGUGUCCACCGCAAUGGAAGGCACCAAUGUUUGCAGACAGAGGGUAAUACAGGCUCACUGGAAAUGCGGCAACGCAAGACUUUAAUGGUGAGAUUCAGAAAUGGGUCCCUUGUUAUUUUUGACAGCGUGUCUUCAGCUUAGGAGAGCAGCGAUCAUGUGGGCUGCUUGUGCACAGGAAUGCCCAAUCCCUAAUGCGUUUUAAAUGUUCAUUCCUGAUGCCCUGAAACUGCCGUGUCCCUUAAACUUGAGAAAACACAAAGCUUAUUUGCACUAGAAAGAACGGCCAAAAACAAUCCUUAGGAGGACAGGGUGAAGAGCACCAGUCUGAACCUCUUUUUUAUUUUUCUCAUGAGAGAAUUUCCUGUUCAAGUCCUCACCUCUGUUUCGAAAUUGUAUGGUCCCAGCAGAAAGUCUGUCAGUUCAAUAAUGAAAUUGUAAAGCACUUUAUAUUGUGUAAAUAAUAGUGGGAGCACAUUUCUGCUCCUGCUCUGGUAAGGGGAUGCUUCAGUGAUGUAAUCUAAGGCUGGAAGAAGCCGUCUCCUGCAUGCACGUGUCUGUUAGAGACCUCUUGUACUUGCUUGGUCCAGCUCCACUCGUAUGUUAGAGGAGGACAGGCACUAUAUUGAGGAUCCUCUCAAACCACCGAGAGUGGGAUGACUUAUUGUUUGCAGAGCUGCUGAGCAUCCUCAGCUCCUCGCCCAUUCUACAAAUCAGGCCCUCGAUGUUGCUGCCAAAGCUUAAAACCAAGCUUUUCCAGUUAUAGUCUUGACAAAGCUGAGUCCAGCAGCUCUCUUGGGCUUGGCUUUCCCUGCUGCUGGCACAGAAGAUGGGGCAGUCCCUAAAAGCUUAUCCUGGGUGGAAGUGGCUGCCUUGCAUGCAGUUGUGUUGAGUUUGGCCCAUCGAGCCAGCUUUCUAGAUCAAGUAGAGGCAGGGGUGUGCUAAUGAAGGGUUGGGAAGCGUUUUUGCACUGGUGCGGUGAGGGUGACCCGCUGGGCGCUCCGAAGGAGAUGGCAGAACCCACCAUGGUGGGUUCAUCAUGUCGAGUCUGGAUGACGGACUCUACCCAGAAAGAAGCUGCAGCAGUUAUCAGUAAUCUACUUGUUGUCGUUAAGUGUUUCUUAUCUGUAUCCGAUAUAUACAAAUUCAUAUUCACAUAUAGACAUUAAUAUAUUUAUGUGAGUAUAUUGUAGCCUGUAGUUGCUUGUAGCAAAAUAAUCUUAUUUAUCUGAAGUACACAGUCUAAAGAGAGGGCAGUUUUCUCCUACUACUGGUCUGGAUAAACAUGUUACUUCAUGGAGAGCUGGUUGCACACUGUUUCAGAGAAUCACAGACUGGUUUGGGUUGGAAGGGACCUUAAAGCUCAUCCAGUUCCAACCCCCUGCCACAGGCAGAGACACCUUCCACUAGACCAGGUUGCUCAAAGCCCUGUGUUUUUGUGGACCUUGUAAGUUUUAUGCUCUUAAGCACUCUCAUCCGUUAGGUUUUUGGCAAGGCUGCAAGGGAAAACGUAGUCAAAAGAAGGCAAAACUCUUCCUUGGAGGCAUCGUUGAGGUGAGGUGGGAGCUGUAAGGAAGAGGCAGCUGCAGGUACUGCCCAUCACAUCGUGCUUCACUGCUAUUUUACAACCCCUAUCUCUGCAAAUCUGCGCUACCACGUUCAUAAAAUCCCAAGUAGGAGUAUUAAAAACCUGUCCUUUAUUGACAAAAAAAAAAGGCAAGCAAUUACCAAAAUCAAUGUCAGCACACUUCUUUUUCUGCUAAAGAUGUCAUUGUCUAAUGGCUUUAUAAUUUUUUUUCCCCUAUGGCCUGUUGAAGUGACCUAAGCUCACAGUGAAGGGAGUUGGUAGUGGUUAGGAAGCCUGCUGUUCACUUGACUUGCAGCCCUUUUAUUCGAGCAUAGUAAUUUUUAUAGCAUAAAGAAGUUUAUUAUUACGUAUUUUUAUUGGGCAGAUUUUUGCACCAGGUCAAAAAUUAAUUAAGAAGUGAUUUUCGUUCUAAGACAUUCCUACUUUUCUGUACAUACAGUAUAUAUAUACAAUUUAUCAAAUAAUUAUUAAAGAGAAGUAUACCUUCCAUUUAGUUUUCUAUCCUGCUUCCUCCAAAAUUAAAACACCCUUUAUUUUUUAAUUACUUAACGUGUUGUGAUGUCUAAAAUUCACCUUUCCCCUCCUACCUCUCCAUUCUCUUCAGGUACAGGCUGUAUUCAAAAUAGUUUAUCCAAGUAAGAGUGGAAAUAAAGGCUACACUGGAAGCUAUGGAAGUAGCUUAUGACAUGACCAGUAGCCAAGCAAGGCUGUCACCCCUCAGCCCUUGCCAAAACAAAUCAUCCCUCCGGUGUUGAUUGCUCCAUAAUUGGGAAGCAAAGCUUGCCCGGUGUAUCCAAGAUUUCCUGGGGGAGCAUGGUACACCCCCAUAGACGCCCCGCAGGCUGGGUCCACAGACCUUGACCCCUUGGUGGGACAUGCUGGCGGUGGGUUGAGGUGGCAGCAGGUUUAAGCCAUUGUACCUGCAGACGGUACCGUAUGCACAAGUUGUUUCCAAGCUGUAGGGCAUGCUCUCCAUUGGGCUCUCCGUUUUCCAAGAUCUGGAGAAGCUUUCAUGGGCUGACACCAAUUUUUCUUCCUAAUAUCUUGUCACGCCGGUGUUCACUUCCCCACCUGUACCUCCACAAAGGCAACGCUAUAUUAAAGCAUUGAGAUAAAACAAAAUAGGAGGAACUCCUGAUAGAUGACGUGGGUUAAGAAUUGGUUUUCCGGAGAUGUCAAAGCAUAAAUUGAGGUUUUAGAAGCUGGGUGUCAUUUUGUCACUUCUGUGAUGGAUGUAAUUAGAUCGUUCCUUCUAUAUACUGAGGCGUCAUGUGAAAUGUGAACCCUCAGCCUCAGGGUUCUGUUAUGUACAUUAGCAUCGAGAAAGGUGUAUGCUGGAUGUACCUUCUGGCCUUUCCAUGCUUGUUGGAUGUGUUUUGUGCUUUUACUGUACCCAGAGGUACUGGUCUAGCCUCGAGGUGCCUGGCUGCCACCCCAAUAAAACCAUCAUUAACAAUUUGCUAAUCCAUCUUCCUAAUUGAUAGGCUACCUCGAAACGCUUGCGGUGGCACAUGGAAAUUGCUAGCUUUGUACAGAAUAGCCACCGUAAAUAAAAAAAGAACAUAUUCCAUCUUUUUAGGUGGUUCACAUCCAUCCUACCUGCUGGUAUUCAACAGGGCAGGAUAUUGGAGUUCUUGGUUGGAGAUGGGUCAGCUGGUCAGUUGGGUUUCUUAACCAUGGUGGAGGAAAUCCGUCCUGCAGGCAGAAGAAGUUUGCACUUAUCUGUUUUUUCAUCUUGAUCGUUCACCACGCAGAGAUUAAUUGGAGGAAAAGAUGGCCCUUCGUGUGGGUUGCUGGAAGACAGCUAAGGCUAAGGCUCUCCACCCAGCCCCACCAAGCACAGUACUGUUCUAACAUCUGUGAAUUUAUAUGUGACACACAAAUUAACAGAGAGAGAAGGGAGAGAGGAAUAUUAAAAAUAUAUAUAUGCAUAUACCUAUUAAAACAGUAAUUUUUUUCCUGUUUCCAAUAGAUCCUUCCUCUUGAGAUGUUAAAAUGUUAGCUGUCAUCUUUUCUGUUUUCUGUAUCAGAGGUGUUCAACGUGCAAUACGAGCACUCACAAGCAAAAUCAACCUACUAUACUACUGACGUUAAAUCUUUACACUACAAAUUGCGCGCAGUAGAGUCUGCAUCUCAAAACACCAGAGUGUUACAUGGGAUUAAAGACAUAGGUUAACCUCAAGGCUCCUACAAGCAUUCCCAUCUGCUUGUUGGCAGGAUGUGGAGGGAGAGGGGGAGUAAGAGCAGAAAUAAGCACUUCCCACCAAGGCACAGGAACAAAAAGGUAGGAGGGGGUGGAGGGAAGCAAGGACAAGACUCGUGCUCCAGGGAAUUGCAGAGUAUGACAAUUGUUUUAUUGGGAGGAAUAGGUGGCACCGUCAGUGCUGGAGUCCCGCAGAGCUGGGGAAGGAGGCAGACCCUGGGAGGGGAGCAUACAAGUGUUGGUGGCUUGUAAUACUUGGCUCCUGCCAUCCCAAUUUAUGGAUGCUUGUGUGCUUUUCACUGGAGCCUUGCAUUCACUGCUCUGCCUGCCUCCUGCUCUAGGAACUAGCUGGGCUAUAUGAUGGAGAGUUAUGUUAUCAAUGGGACAGCUGCUCUUUUCCAUUGCAGAAGUAAGGUGUUGCUGAAGGCCGGAGGGGAAAGAAAGCAGCUUUCAAGAAACACACUCCGUGCCUGUCCUUGCAAAGGGGUUUGUGUUGUUUUUAACAAGACUUUACAGAUGACCACCGCUUAAAUCGCAUGUGCACCAGCGUUGGUGCUCUGAGGCCUGAUGUACAGACGUGGUUAGUGUUACCAGCUGUUGAAAGCUGUGCUUUGCACAGUGAAGUGCUGUAAUAAUAGUGAGGACUCUAGAAAAGCUGUUGGUAUCUCAAGCUGGGCCUCUUGAUAAUGGGGACAGGAUCGCUUUGGGUUUAUUCUGCCUGUGCCUAUGUUCCCCACUGAUGAAACAGGAUGAGUGAUACCUCCCUACCUCGAAGGGGUGUGAUAAAGAUGAGUCCAUUUGGCGUUGGAGAAUUUGUGAUGCUCUGAUAUCAAAAAAUAUUGAUGAUCUCUGAAAGCAAAACAAGAAGAAAUUCAUUGAUACAUAUGCAGUGUUUGGAAGGUGUAUGUAGGUAAGGCUUGGAUCGCAUACAGAACAA